ACAUCUGACUCCUCUUUCCAGAGCCUCAUUUCUCUCUCUCUCUCUGUUUCUCUCUCUAUAAAACCAUCUAAUUCUCGGCGACUUUUUCCGGCAAUCAAACCCUCGGGGUUCGAAUUGCAAGCCGGAUCAGCUAUACUGAUUCAGAUGUGUCACUGACGCGCAUUUGUAUACACAUAUAUCAGGCGGACUUCUGGAACCCUAGAUCCGGCCGCAGUCUGUCAAAGAUCUCCUAGGGUUUUCCUCAGAAACCCAACGCCAUGGAUGGUUCUCACCGGCCGAAUCCGCAAGCACCGCCUCCGCCAGCUGGAGCAGCAGCAGCAGCCGCAGCCGCGGCGCCGCCGAUGACGUCAGCUGAGGAAGAAGCUAUCAAGAAAAACACAGAUUGCGUUUACUUCCUCGCAUCUCCUCUAACCUGCAAGAAGGGAAGUGAAUGCGAGUAUCGCCAUAGUGAUAAUGCUCGGCUUAACCCGAGAGAUUGCUGGUAUUGGUUGAAUGGGAAUUGCUUAAAUCCGAAGUGUGCAUUCAGGCACCCUCCUCUCGAUGGAUUACUAGGCAACCAAGCCCCAAAUCCAGUGGAGCCAUUCAUGCCUCCUGUGCAGGCUCCGGUCCCUGCGGCUCAGGUUCCCUAUUUUGCUAAUAAGCAGGGAGUACCUUGCAUCUUCUUCCAGAAAGGGAUUUGCUUGAAAGGGGACAGGUGCCCUUUCUUGCAUGGACCCAACACUGUGAUUAACAAAGGCCCUCCACAGAAGCAAGGUGUUCUUCCCGCCACUGAGGUUUCUUCGAAGAAGACUUUUGGUGGGCUUGAAAAGUGCACACAGGAGAAGAAUACCCUACAAAAUAGUGUUCUGAAGACAGGAGAGAUGCCUCCGGUGGCAAAACCAGUAGCCAAAGAGGGACCUGCACUCGCAAAGAAUCACUUUCUUGUUGACAAAAACAUGGCACCAAUUUCCGGAAUCGAUAAUGAGCCUCUCAAGUAUAAGCCAACUAGUGUUCCUCCGAAUGGAAAUCUUGUCGGUAGGUCAAGCCAAAUGCAGCAUCAACAUGUGUUUGAUGACCCUGGCAGCAUGCAUAAUAAGGAUGAAGAGAUCUCAAGAGAGGCCUCUCCUGGCUUUGAUGUUCUUGUAGAUGAUGAGCUUCGAGAUUCUGAUUAUUAUCCUGUUGAAGAUCAAUAUGGAGGAGCAGGGGACCAUGAGAGGAGUGAAUAUGAUAUUGACCCCGCUGCUGAUUACUCGAUUGGGGAUAUUGACCAAGACAUGUAUCGGGAUGCACAUGGUUAUGACUCUUAUGCCCACUAUGGUUGGGAGCAGCGUGGAGCUUCAUCUGAGAGGAAACCAGGGAGAUCAUCACAUCCUGAAAGGAGGUAUGGUAAUGCUGACAGCUCAGAUCAAUUUAGCGAGUCAGAUUUAAGACAUAGGUUGUCAAAGCACCGGAGGGUUAAUGGUUUACGAUCAGUUGUUAGCCAUGAACAAACCCGUGAAAGACACGUUGAGGAACAGAGCUACCGGAGUUCGCGGAGAGAGUCUAACAAUCUAUCUUCACAUGAGAGUUCCCUUAGCAAUCGCCUUCGGGGACGGAUAAAGAUUCCUGGCAGAUCAUCUUCACCAACUGAUGUUGCUGAGAUUCGCUCAGAUAGAGAAAUGGACAGGGGCAGAGACCGUGGCAGAUUCUCUCACGGAAGGCCACAAGUUCCAUCUCACCAGGGAAGGCUUCAAGACAGAAUUAAGGGAAGAGUGCCAGAGGAUCUUAAUUAUGUUGGGAGAAAUAUCAGAGGCCCACCAUUAAGAGGGGAUAUGUUAAGUGAGACUAAUGUAAAUUUUGCCGGGCCAAAAAGUCUAGCAGAACUGAAAGGAAAGAAGGGCGGCAUUGAAGGCAAUGGGCCACAGUCCCUAGGGAAAAGGAAGCUCCAAAAGUUUGAUGACCAGCAGCAAUCUGGAGGGGAUCUGUCAUUUGAAGGGCCAAAGCCUUUAAAAGAGAUUUUAAAGCGGAAAAGAAGAGCUGGUGAGAAUGAAGACUAUAACCAACAGGAAAGAACCACAACGAUGGAACCUUACUCUUCACACAAGAAUGAAGCUGACCAUGCAGCAGCUCAGAAGGAAGACUUUCAGCCUCCAUCAGGCAACAACACUGGUGUACUCGAAAAUAAAUCAGCUGAGGAUCUUGAAGUUGAAGAUGGAAUGCUAGCUGAUGAAGGGGAGUAUCAAGAUGGCGAAGGCUACGAUCCACAAGAUGGGGACUACAAUUACGAGCAGGUUGAUGGGGAAGAUGUUAAUUUAGAUGAAGCUGAGAAUGGAGACCAAGAUGAGGAAUACCUGGAAGACGACGACGAUGCUGACGAUUUUGCAAAGAAGAUGGCUGUCGUCUUCUCGUAAAAUAGAGAUAUGAUAUUCUUCAAUUACCGUUGCGCUUGGUUUCCUGUAGCCUUCACGAGCCCGCCCCCUUAGCUUGGCACCAGAUGAGCAAUUCAACAGGCUCUCUACUGAUUUUGUCAUUAGAAGUAGAGGAAUCAUUCUUAUUUUACAUUUUUUUUUUAUUACUCUUUGUACUAUUAGAAAUUGUUUUUCUCAGAUGGGAUGGGGUCAUUUCCUCAUCCAUGGAUGGCUCUUGCAUUUUUAUCAUUUAGCAUUGCCCAAAGGGUCAUGGCCGUAACAUUAGAUUUGUCUAAUAAUAAUUUGAUCUUUUAUAGUCA